CACCAUGUCCGCCGCAACGCACAUCUACUGGUACAAGAUCCUCGACGCUCCACCGCCCUCACCCCUUCCGACCACCCUCCCUCUCUCCGACCUCGACACCCGCGACAACUUCAUCCACCUCUCCACCGCUGUUCAAAUCCCCAUCACGCUGAAUCGCUUCUUCGCAUCCGCCAAGACCGUAUGGCUGCUCAAGCUGCGAAGUAAAGAUAUCGAUGGCGAGAUUCGGUUCGAAGAGGGUCUACCAGAGUGUCCGCAUGUACAUGACACAGUGACGGGGUUGGGCAAGGGGAAUGUAGAGGAGGUGAUCGAGGCUAAGAGGGCAGAGGGACAGGAGUGGAAGGAUGUCAAGGAGAUUCAAGAGUUGAGGAAUGAUUGAAAGACUCUGGUCGAAGGCGGACGCAUUGGACAUCGCAUAACCUGCUGAAACCACGAUCGACUCCACACAGUCAUAUCAUCCUCUCCAUC